AUGGGAGGUGGGCGGGGCCUCCUCAAGGGCGCGCGCCCCGCCCCCGCGAGCAACCCAUUGGUGGAACAGCGCGGCGGCCUCCGCGAGUCCCUCCGGUGCGGGCCCGCGGCAUGGCCGGGCCGGGACUGCUGCCGCUGGGGCUUCCGGUGCUGCUGCUGCUGCCGCUGCUUCCGCCGGUGCUGCCGUUCCCGCCAGGCCACGGACUGGCGCUGCGACGGCCACCCCGACUGUGAGGACGACGGGGACGAGUGGGGCUGCGGGACCGCAACCACCGCGGAGCCGAGACCCGGCGGCCCCGCGGUGACUCCGCCGAGGAGCUCGGCGGUGCCGCUCGCCGGCAGCGCAGAGCCUUCAGCUACGCCUGAGCCUGAGGUCUCUGUGCCAUCAAGGAGUCAAGGUUACACAUGGAUCUUGAUUGUUGCAGAGCUCCUGGUCAUCCUGGUAGCUGCAGGUUCUGUUGCUGUGUGGGGUCUGUCCAAAGCAAAAUGCAGAUCUGACACCUUCAGUCUUGAAAAAGUAUCCAGGGAACAGCUGAUGUCUGACGAGAGCCAGAAAGGCUCCUUGCCCUGAAGAGAAUCCUUAUCCCAAGGUGAUAAGGUGGGACUGGCCUUGUCUGUCUUCCUGCUCGCUACAGAGUCUGACUGAAUUGGACUCUCAAAUCUGCGUUGUAACACUGGAAUACCAAGAGAAUGUUCCCUUUGUAAAUGGGUCUUUAGAUUGUUGUACUACCUUGGCUCCAGAAAUAGCACUGGACCUUCCCUGGCACUGUGACAUCAGCACUCCCAAAGGUGGUAGAAAUGUCUUCGUUGUUCUGCACGACAGUCAUUACUGCUGAUGCCCACCAGUGUGGCCUCAGACCCGAAGAUGCUUUUCUCCUUGAACUGCCAGGUGUUGUUCAACUGUCUCCUUUCACUUCCAGCCAAGAGCCUUUUUACAUCUGCCCUAUUCUUCCUGGAUUUUGUGAGGGAAUAGGAGCUUUCUCACCUAUUUCCAUAGACACUCACUGGCUGCACAGAUCUGACAAAUACUCCAUGCUUGCACUGCUGUUUGAUGCUGCUCAGUCCCAUGCAUGGGAGGCUUUUACUGACAGUGCCACCAUGGGGGUGACAACAGUUGCUCUGGCUUUGCUGUGCUGUCACCCAAGCCCACAUGGGGCAAGGAUCUCCUCAACCCUGGGCCAGCAGCUUCUUUCACACUCCCUUCCACAAACAUCUCCACCCUUGGCAGACCUGUUCUGCCCACCCCAGUAGGGAAUGCUGCGUGGGGCUCCUGUUAACACUCUUAAUGGUGUCUUCCUUAAAACUAUUCUGACGUGAGUUGGUGUCCCUUGAGGGUCCGUACUGGGACCAGUGCUAUUGCGUGUUUUCAGCAAUGGUGUGCAGAGAGGGAUCAAGUGGACCCUCAGCCAGUCUGAGGAUGAGACCAGGCUGAGGCGUGCAUCUGGGGAGGGGAUGUCAUCCAGAGGGGGAUGUCAUUCAGGCCCACAGGAGCUUCAUGAAAUUUGAUAAGGUCAAGUGCAAAGUCCUGCACCUUUGUUAGGGCAAACCCUGGAGAAGAGAUGACUCAGGGGAGCCUUGUUGUGUCUUGUCCAUGUCUAAAGGGGGAUUGUAAGAAAGAUGGAGAGGGGCUUUUCAUCGAGGCCUGUAAGGACAAGGGGCAGUAGGUACAAACUGAGGGUGGACUUAGGUAGGACAUGAAGGAGGGUUUUAUGGUGAGGCCCUGGUGCUGGUUACCCAGAGCAGCUGUGACUGCCCCAU